CCAAAGCCACAUUAAGACAAGCCUCUCUCUCUCUCUCUCUGCUGCUCCUUGUGCCCAGCAGGCAGGAUGGGGCUGGAGCUCUACCUGGAUCUGCUUUCCCAGCCCUGCCGAGCGGUCUACAUCUUCGCAAAGAAGAACAACAUCCCCUUUGAGUUCAAGCAUGUGGAGCUGUUCAAAGAUUCCAUUCUGGGGAGAAAAAUGCCAGGUGGCAAUAACCCUGGACACUCACACGAAGGGCAACAGUAUAGAGAAGAGUUUGGCAAAGUGAACAUCCUAAAGAAAGUGCCAGCACUGAAGGAUGGAGUCUUCACCUUAGCAGAGAGCACUGCAAUUCUUCUGUAUCUGAGCCGGAAGUACAACACCCCUGAUCACUGGUACCCGUCCGACACACAGAAACGGGCCCGGGUAGAUGAAUACCUGUCAUGGCAUCAUACCAACAUCCGGAGUAAUGCUGGCAAGGCCUUGUGGAUCAAGGUGCUCAUUCCCCUCUUUACAGGCCAGACACUGCCUCCAGAGAAGCUGCAGGAGGUUAUGGAUGAGCUGGCUAUUUCUCUGAAGCAGUUUGAGGAGAAAUUCCUUCAGGACAAGCCGUUCAUCGUGGGCAGUGAGAUCUCCCUGGCAGACCUAAUGGCUAUUGUGGAGCUCAUGCAGCCCAUUGGAGUAGGUUGUGACAUCUUUGAAGACAGACCCAAGCUGUCAGAAUGGCGCAACCGGGUGGAGGAAGCUGUGGGGAAGGAGCUCUUCCAGGAAGCACACGAGCUUAUUCUGAAUAUCAAGGAACUCAGCAACAUCCAAAUUGACCCACAGCUGAAAGAGCAUCUGGCGCCUGUGCUAAGGAAAAUGAUGAAAUGAGUUAACGU